UGCAAUAUGGCUGCACGGCAGGAAAUAGACAAUUUCAAAAGUCGAUUUGCCUUUGAGCUGCUUGAGUUAAUGUCAUCAUCAUCAUCUAGUAGUAGUGAUGAAGAUGAAUUCUUUAAAAAUCCACAUAAAAUUCGAAAAAUUGAAAAUUUUAUAGAAUUAGUGCAUGGAAUGACGGAUAAAGAGUUUAAAAGUCAUUUUCGUGUUAGCAGAAGUACAGCCUAUAAAAUAAUCGAUAUUUACGCUAAUUCACAAUUCUAUCCGUCUGAUCGAACCCACGGAGGUAGUAAACCUACCUCUGCUGAACUGCACAUAUUGUUAUUUUUAUGGUUUGCUGGAAAUAAAGUUUGUUUAAGAGAUGUCUCUCAGAGAUUUGGAGUAUGUCCUGCAACUGCGUUGAGACAGAAUAACCGAGUAAUGAAUUUUUUAAUUAAUGUGGCUCCGAAUAUAAUCAAAUUUAGUGAAAAGGAACACACUGCAAACGAGUUCUUUGAAAUUGCAGGUUUUCCUCAGGUACUUGGCUGUAUUGAUUGUACAUCAAUUAAAGUACGUACUCCACGACAUAAAAUUAAAUCGACUUAUGUAAACAGGCACGAUAUUCCAUCAAUAACACUACAAGGUAUAUGCGAUGCUCGCAAAAGAUUUGUCGAUGUUUUCACUGGUAUACCAGCGAAAAUUCACGAUUCACGUGUCCUGAAGUUAUCAGAUAUUAAUGAAAAUUUACCAGGAAUAUGCGAACAAGGAAAAUUUCAUAUAUUAGGAGAUUCUGCGUAUUCCAUAAGGGAAUGGUUAAUAACUCCUUUUAGAGAUUACGGAAAUCUAUCUGAUAAGCAACGAAAAUUCAAUAAACGGUUUUGUGCAACUCGAGUAAAGAUAGAGAAUGCAUUCGGGCUCUUGAAAACUCGUUUUCGACAGCUAAUCGAAAUAGAUCUAUAUACUAUUGAUAAAAUAUCAAAAUUUAUUAUAUCAUGUUGUGUCCUGCAUAAUUUUUGCAUAGAUAAUAACGAUGACUUUGAUUUUGAUAUCGAUAUAGAAAUCAAUGAAUAUUAUGAUAAUGAAGACAGAGGUGAACAAGAAGUUCUAUUACGGAGAUUAGGGGAAAUAAAAAGAAACCAAUUGAUGAACAUACUUUUUCCAUGAAAUAAAA